UGUGGUGUGGGGUAUGCUAUGCACUUUGUCAAAGGAAACGUUACUAGAAUGUUGUUUGUCGCAGCGUGGAAACUUCUCUAAAGCUUCCUCAGUAUCUGUUCCGAAUUGGUUUACUUCCAGAUCCAACUGCAUUUGUUGGAUAAGGCUACAUGGUUGUUUGGUCAGACAAGGAUAAAAGAAAGAAGCAGACAGACAGGGAGACUUACCAGAUAUUGGACAUGGAGAGGUCUCUGAUGGAGAGGAUGGGGGCACAGCUGAAGGAGUUGAACCCUAAUACACUAAAAAACAGAAAAGCUGUUAAGGGAUUCACAGACUUUCUAAAAAACAAAGAGACGGAGGAGACAGACAGGAACGAUAUUAACAGCUACAAUAGCAAAGAGAUGUUGUUAGAGAUUGAGAAGGAGUACAUUGAAGCAGCAAAGAGAAAUGAUGUACAGACUAUGAACCUUCUGGGGAGGGCAGUCAAUGUCAACGCAAAGAACUUGCAUGAUCGGACUGCCCUGCACUACGCAGUCGCUGGAAAACACAUAGAGGCCGUCCAAAUCCUUCUAAAGCGCAGAGCAAAUCUCAAUCAGAAGGACAAGCAUGGAGUGACAUCCAUACACCUGGCGGCCUGGUUUGGGAGUCUACCCAUCCUGAAGUUGCUUGUGCUGGGAGGUGCUGAUCCAAAUGUUGAAAAUGCGCUGGGAAUGAACAUCAUGCACUGUGCUGCCAUCAACAACCACACUGACAUAGUCACAUACAUUAUCAACGACCUGAUCAUGAAACAGCUGGACAAAGAGGACCUGUCUGGACACAGGCCGUUCACUCUGGCAGCUGAGCAUGGUGCUUUGGAGAUGCUGCAGAUGUUAAUGGAGGAGGUGUACAAUAUGGCCACCAUGGAGGAGGACCAGAAUGGGAACACACCUCUACAUUUGGCUGCCAGCAAUGGCCAUUUGGAUGUGGUCCAGCUACUGCUGAAUCAUUUCGAUACUCGUGAUGAAGUCAAUACGGCUGGGGAGACAGCUCUGUACCUGGCUACAGAAGCUGCCCAUGAGGACUGUGUCCAGGCUCUGCUGGAGGGAGGCUGCAACCCGAACAUCGUCACCAUGAACCAAAGCAAUCCUCUACACCCUGCCUCAGAGAUGGGCCACACGUCAUUGGUGAGGCUCCUCAUAGAGAAUUCAACGCAGAUGGACUUACAAAACCAGCACCACCAGGCACCUCUCUAUCUGGCAGUGAAGAACUGUCACAUCCCUGUCAUCCACACACUGCUGGAGGCCGGCUGCAACAUCAACAUCACUGAUCACAGGUCCCAGACUGUUCUUCAUGUAGUGGCAGAGAUGGCCAGAGUUGACAUUGUGGAGAUGCUUCUGAAAGCUGGGAUUGACCUGACUGUCCAGGACAAGCAGGGUAAGACGGCGUUGGCUGUGGCGGCCCGUGCAGGCGAAGUCAUCAUCGUGGACAUGAUCAUCAAGGCAGAGAGAUAUUUCACAUGGAAGACGGCCAACACAGAGUUUAAUGAGAACCUUCACAGCCAGUCUCCACUGAAGUUUAAAUUGGACCACCGCUCAGAAAGCAAACAGAUCCGCGCCACAGCCUGGCAUCUGGCCUACCGUCUCCUGAAGCCCAGAGACUGGAAGAGUCUGGCGACGCACUGGCACUUCACUGAGCAGCAGGUGGCAGCCAUUGAGGAGCAGUGGACAGGGCAGCAGAGCUACCAGGACCAUGGGAACAGAAUGCUUUUAAUCUGGCUCCAUGGGGUGGAGCUGGCCCAGAGAAGUCCUGCGAAAGAGCUGUACGAGGGCCUGCUGGCCAUAGACAAAAAGACUGUAGCAGAUAAAAUACGAAUUCACAAAGACGAAGGAGACAUAAAGAAAUGCAUCCUUUCAUAGUGGGGAGAAAGUGACACGGACGUGCCUAC